AAUGCUGGCGAGACCUCAAGUGCUGCGUCUUCCGCCUUUGAGAUUGGAGAGCUGCUCGAACUCAGCGCCGAUCGACGAGGCCGACUUUUUCGCUAGGCAGGCGAGAUUGCAAACCGAGGCGCGAAUGGCCCUGGCGCAGGCCAAAGAGAUGGCGCACAUGCAGAUGGAAGUGGAGAGGCAGAGGCUGAAGCAAAGUCCCAUCACCGAGAUGGUGCGCUCCAGCUUGGAAAAAGUUGGCGUCCAACUGGGUGAGGAUAGACGCAGACUGUCCCGAGUGCUUUUGACAGAGCUAAAUGUGGCGCAGCUGCAGGUAGUGGCGAACGAUUUGCACGCAAGGAUCGCCACACUGAACGAGGCGCUGGUCGAGGGACUUUUGAGAAGGGACGAUCUACAUAUGGAGCAAGAUUCGAUGCUCGUCGACGUCGAAGAUCUCACCCGAUAUCUCUUCUGCUGCGUUCGCAUGCGUAGAGGUGCCAAACAGGAGUCGUUGAAGAAAAAGCAGAACGCGAGGGAGCAGAAGGCGACGACGACGACAGCUGCGAGCAGGAGUCAUCAGCAAGCGAUGAUUCAUCAGCAAGCGGGGCAGAACAAGCCGCCUCAGAUGAAGCCGAAGCUCACGCAUCGUGGUCUAGUCUCGCUAUUUUGCAAGUCUACUUUGAUUUUAUAUCUGUUUGUUGCACGAGAUGAGAUUAUCGCUUUGUCGCUUUGUCGAACAAGCGUGAUGUUAAAACGAGCCAACAACAGGCUCAUCGCGAUAUAUCAGAUGACUCGAAUAAAUUCGGAUAAAUGUAAAGAAACGUCGAGUUUCCAUCUUGAGCAGAUAGAAUGA